AUGAGCACGAGCCUCCAUCGUGCGUUUUGUGUUUCUUGCUGUAGGUGGUGGGUGGCACCACUACACGUCUCUAGAUUUACUGUGACACCUGCUUUCAUAGUCAGCACCAUAAGGACACAGAGGAUUGGAAGGACCACGAUGCAGUGCAAGGAAACUGAAGUUUAAGAUCAAUUCCGGUAAUACAUGAAAGAAGACCACAGCGCAGAAACAGGAAACAGAUGGCACCAUAGACUCCAGAGAGGCUAAAAACCUGUGGAAAACUAACGACUAUGGCAACUUAACACAAGAUCAACGCAAAAGUGGAAUACGGACAUGACCAUGUACGUGGACUACAGAGUCAUCACUGAGUAUAACCUGACUGUUCAGCUAAACGACACACAGAUGGCAGUCCUCUCUGAUUUUCUGCAGGAGGCUUCAGAGAGCAAUCGGUGUUAUAUUAUUAGCCUCCUCCUCUCCACCCUCUACACUAUAUUCCUGUUCCCCGUUGGCUUAAUUGGGAACGUCCUCAUCUUAGUAGUCAACCUGGACCACAGGGGCCGCCUGACAGCCCCGGACCUCUACUUCGUGAACCUGGCUGUGGCCGACCUCAUCCUUGUGGCUGAUUCUCUGAUCGAGGUGUUCAACCUGAAGCAGGGCUACUACGACAUGGCUGGCCUCUGCACCUUCAUGAACCUUUUCCAGCAGGUCAACAUGUACAGCAGUGUCUUCUUCUUAACCUGGAUGAGCUACGACCGGUUUAUCACACUGACUGGGUUCAUAGGGCGCAGCAUGCUGCGGGCGCGCCUCAGCUGCUGCCUUAUCUGGGUGUCCUCGUCUUUGUUCACCGUGCUGCCUUUUGCUAUAGCUCAAAGGCAGCACGCUGGAGAACUCACCUUCUGCUUCGCCAACGUGACCCAGAUUCAGUGGCUGGAGGUGAUGCUGGGUUUCUUGCUGCCUUUCUGCAUCUUGGGUCUGUGCUACUGGAGGAUAGCACAGGUGCUCCACCGGAGCCAGGGGGUGCAAGGCGGCCCACAGCAGAGGCCUCGCAGGCAGAAAGCCCUGCGGAUGAUCUCAGCAGCUGUGUUAGUCUUCUUCCUCUGCUGGCUCCCAGAGAACGUGUUUGUAAGUGUUCACCUUCUACGAGGCCACACAGACGGCGGCACACUGUGGCAGGACUACCCCCUGACUGGUCACGCUGUCAGGCUGGCGGCCUUUUCUAACAGCUGCCUGAACCCGCUCAUCUACAGCUUCCUCGGGGAGACCUUUCAGGACAAACUGAGGCUUUUUCUCCACCAGAAGAGCAGAUGGGCCAAGCUGCAUAGGUCAGCCUCAGGAAAGCCCAUCUAUGUACCAGCUACAAGCACAUGCAUCCAUGCAACAUGUGACCAACCACACCAGUCCACACAUUUAAGCCCUAAAAUCCCUCCAAAAGCUGUUGGACUCCUCUCAGAAAAACACCAACUGCAGACAAUAGGUCACAUAGAUAACACAUAACAACAUGUCUGUACCACAAGUGCUGUUAAUGGACAAUGUGAAAGCAAGGACUCCAACUGUUAUGAAAACUUCCAUGUUUAAUAAGUUUUUACCUCUAACAUUCUUACCUCAGUUUGCUUUGUCUUCUGUGUUGGCUCUGUCAUUUCUCUGUUUUUGUGUUUCUUAUCCUUUUUCUGUUUUUUUUCAUGUGCCGAAGAUGUUGCAGGAGGAAUCUGUACUGGAGCCACCUGAAUGAAAUAAACAUUCAUUAUUCAUUCUUUUUCAGCAUUUUCAGGUUGUGUCAUUAAAAAAAACAGGCCUGGGUACAAGGGACUGUGCUACUCACCUCCACUUCCAUCCUUUUCCUUUUCUUUUGUAUUUUACCAUCCAUCAUUUCUUCCACAUGAUCCUUGGUAGCAAGUGAAGUCAACUUCUUCCUUUUGGGCGGAUUUGCAGGUCUUUUCAAAGAUUUGUCUUUGGCCAUGAGUUAAUUUACUCCUACAAGCAAAAACAUGUGCAUUUUAUUAAAGAACAGAUACACAAACAUUCUGUAUGCUGUAUUACAUGGACAAUGAGCCUUAGAGACAUGUCAUGACACUGACAGAGAAAUACAAGAACAUAUUGAUUUCAUUUACAGUUAAGCUGAAUAUGAAUACUAGAAUAAUGUAUGUGUAAUUUCAUGAGAAUCUCUUUAUUCCCACCUUUAUCCUACUAUUGCAGAUGGUC